AUGGAGGGAGAAGGGUGUAAUUCUGGGGUAGCGAUGGAUUCAGGUAACCCCUUACUAAGAGCAGUCUUCCUCCGCCGCCUGCGACUCACGCGGCUGCUCCUGGAGGGGGGGGCUUACAUCAACGAGAGUGACAGCCAAGGCCAGACACCCCUGAUGGUGGCCUGCAGGACCCAGCACAUUGACACCCAGAGCGCCAGCCGGGUCAAACUGGUCCAGUUUCUUCUGGAGAAAGGAGCAGACCCCAACAUCCAGGACAAGGAAGGUCGCUCUGCACUGAUGCAUGCCUGCUGCGAGCAGGCCGGCCCUGAGGUGGUGUCUCUGCUCCUGGCCAGUGGAGCGGACCUUAGCCUGGAGGAUCAGUCCGGGACAUCAGCGUUGGUCUACGCAGUCAUGGCUGGAGACUGGACGGUCCUGAAGCUGCUGCUCGACACUUGCAAGGCCAAGGGGAAGGAGGUGAUCAUCAUAGCGACUGACAAAUUCCCUUGUGGGAAAGUACAAGCCAAGCAGUACCUCAGCAUGAAUCCCCUUGGUCCCCUUGAUCAGAUGGACAAAAUGACAUCAGCAGCUCCUGCAUCUCCCUCUGAAAUUCAGCUCAUCACCUCGCCCCAGUGCACCUCCUCUUCCUUAUGUCCCCCAAAGCCCGUCUUCUCCUUUAAAGAAGCCCAGUCCAGUGGUGUAAGUUCCCAUCCAUGUUCCCCAUCACGGUUUCGAGGGCUCGACCCAGCAACAGCAAACAGACUGCAGCAGCCCCUCCUGAGGUUGAACUCUGAGCCCUGGCUAAAGAUCCCGGCGUCUCUGCUCACCCAGCAGCCUCAUGCAGCCUCAUCUCCAAAAAAUGGCCAAGACUUCAACCAAACGGAGGACCUCUCGCUUAGAGUUCCCGUACUGGAGGGGGACAAGGGCAAAAAAUCUGACAGCUUCAAGUGGUACGAGGGAAGAUUUGCAAGGGAUAAAGGAGAUGGCAAGAAUGCUUGUGCCAAACAUGCAGGACAAAAGACAUUUUUACCAGGUCUCCUAUCAUCUCACUCUGCGUCCCACCCUAACCUCCAUUCUGAAAACCUUGGAACAGAUUCAGUCGCCUACUCCUCCUCCCUGUCUGUUGGCAAAAAACAUGGCACAUCAUUUCACAGCAUGGCCUCGUCAAGCCUCCAUAGCAUCAUCCAGAGGAGCAAGCUGGGCGCAGACAUCUACAGCUCUGACCCCCAGCUCGCUGUAAACAUCCGGACUCUCCCCGAGGAGCAGGGGGCAAGAGACCCAACAGACCGCAAGAGGCUGGCCCCCUUACGCUGUUCCAGCACGCUGGGCUCCAGGGAGUCAUUGUCAACCACGGGCCCGAGCAGGAGAGUGCUCUCUGGGUACGAGCGCAGGGGGUCUGGUGCCUUCUUGUUGGACCACAACUCGCAGGCCAGGCCCAGGUCUCUGCCACCUCUGACCCUCAACUCCACCACUGCUCCCAUCCUUAAUGUUUACAACUUUGGCUCUGGUGUCGGAGGUGGUUCGGGUGAGAAAGAGUCUGGCCCACAAAUUUUCCAUCCCUCUGCUCCUCCCGGGCCCCCAAAAGAGCUGACCAGGAGGAUGCUGUUGAGGAGACACUCGAUACAGACCGAACAGUUCAAAACCACAGCCUGA